UUCAUCCUUCAGCAGCUUCUUCUCUUCGUCUGCUUCACUUUUCCACAAAGUCAGCGGUGAGUGUGAUGAUGAUGCAUCUUCAUCUCCUCUUCUUCUGUGGCUUAUUUUGUGCUGCUUUGCCUCCAGCAGUGUUUUCCAGAGCUCCAACAGGCGACAGCAGCUGGAAGCAUCGACCUUCUGUUCACCACGUGGAAGAUCAGAAACACUUCUACGGAUCACGCAUAUCGACUCGUCAGACUGACGAACGGUUUACCAGCAGCUACAGCCGACAGCCACCUGAACUCACCGCUAGAGGUUACCUCAGGUCACCAACACAGGACAGUGCUGACUUGAUCAUCAAACGGCAUUCUGAUGCUGUUUUCACCGACAACUACAGUCGCUUCCGCAAACAGAUGGCAGCCAGGAAGUUCCUGAAGUCCAUGCUGCAGGGGAACAGAAAGUUCAGCAGAUGAGAUACAGGAAACCAGCAGAUUGCUCUCAUAAACCAAAUAAAACUCCGAUUAAACAUCAGAUUCUACUUUGGCCUCCUUAUGAAUGUACUGAUGUGUGUUUUCUGUCACUUUACUGAGGAACAAAAGAUGAAAGAUGUUUAGACUCUGAAGCUGCUGCCUUCAGGGACACACAGUAAAUCUGAAGCUUCCAGUGUGGACACUUGUAGAAACAUAUUCAGCCGCUAUCCAUAUAUCUAUGAUCUCUACACCACUUUAUCCUCUGUAGGGCAUCAGGAGUCUGUCCACCUGUUUGAGGAUGAAGGCAGGGUUCACCUGGACAGGUAACAGUCCAUCACCGACUCUGUUCAGUCAGUAGUUUGGUUCAAGGAUGACCUUUCAUAAGCAGACGCCUCCACAGCUGGUUUCUCAAACGUUCUGAGCAGCUGUGAGACAAAAAACUGAAAACUCCUCAAACAUGUUGUUGUCCUACCUAAAGGUUGAUCAAUAACAUGAUCAGAUGAACAUCGAUCAAUAGUAAAUAGCUAUCUGAGUUGUUCAUUCAUUGAACUGCAUGGCUAGUUAGUUAGCUAGCUAACUAGUUAGUUAACUAGUUAACUAACUAGUUUGAAAAUAGACUGUAAAUGUUCAUCUAGAUGAAGAACCUGCAGCUUCUCCAUCUGCUGCCUGGACCAGUCCAGGAACCUGAUGUGAUGCCUUCAGGACAGACCGUAGAUAUUUCUGAUGCAGCUUCCUCCUCUGUCCUUCACCACCAGAAACAACGAACACCUUCCAUGUCUGGGUUCUGCUCUUUCACUGAAUUGUUUAUCUAAUCAGUUCUCCUCUCCCUCCUGCAGACGUUCCACCAGAACAAUCCCUCAUCACAUUUUACAGGAACACUGAGAUCAGCUUAGAACCGCCCACCAUGACUGUGUUUGGUUUAAAGAAAGAGGCUGGUCAGAGUGUUGUUUCCUCCUGUAGU